AUGUCUGCUGACGCUUCUGUUACUGCUGCCGAAAAGGCUCUUGAAAAGCUCACUCUUGAUAACAAGACUGAGGUCAAGGAGGAGACUCCUGUUGAGUCCACUCCUAAGGAGGAAUCCACCACUGAAUCCUCCGAGUCUGCUACUCCCGCUGCUGCUGAGGGAGCUGCUGCUACUGAGGAGCCUGUUGAUGAGGCUGCUGCCAAUGCUGCUGCCGCUGCCAACUCUGCUUCCUUGUAUGUUGGCGAGCUUGACCCCUCUAUCACUGAGGCCAUGCUCUUCGAGGUUUUCAACCAGAUCGGACCCGUUGCCUCGAUCCGAGUUUGUCGUGACGCUGUCACCAGACGUUCUCUUGGUUAUGCUUAUAUCAACUACCACAAUACUCAAGAUGGUCAACGUGCUCUUGAGGAGUUGAACUAUGCUCCUAUCAAGGGUCGUGCUUGUCGUAUCAUGUGGUCUCAAAGAGAUCCUUCUCUUCGUCGUACUGGUGCUGGUAACAUUUUCAUCAAGAACUUGGACCCUGCUAUUGAUAACAAGGCUCUUCACGAUACUUUCUCUGCUUUCGGUAACAUCUUGUCUUGUAAGAUUGCUACUGAUGACAACGGUAUUUCCAAGGGUUACGGAUUUGUCCACUACGAGGACGUUGAGUCUGCUGAGUCGGCCAUCAAGCACGUUGAUGGUAUGCUUUUGAACGACAAGAAGGUAUUUGUUGGCAGACACAUUGCCAAGCAAGACCGUCAAUCCAAGGCCGAGCAAUUGCGUGCUAACUACACCAACAUCUACGUUAAGAACUUGGACCUUGAGACUAACCAAGAGAAGUUCGAGGAGAUGUUCAAGAAGUUCGGUACCAUCACUUCUGCCUCUUUGGCUGUUGAUGGUGAGGGCAAGUCUCGUGGCUUUGGUUUUGUCAACUACGAGUCUCACGAGUCUGCUGCCAAGGCUGUUGAGGAGCUUAACGACUCUGAGACUCCUUCUGGUAAGAAGCUUUACGUUGGCCGUGCUCAAAAGAAGUACGAGCGUGAAGAGGAGCUUAAGAAGCAAUACGAGGCUGCUCGUCUUGAGAAGAUCAACAAGUACCAAGGUGUUAACUUGUACAUCAAGAACCUUGAUGACUCUGUUGACGAUGAGAAGUUGCGUGAAGUUUUCUCUGUUCACGGUACCAUUACUUCUGCUAAGGUCAUGACUGACGACAGCGGCAAGUCCAAGGGAUUUGGAUUUGUUUGUUUCUCUUCGACUGAAGAGGCCACUAAGGCUGUUGCUGAGAUGAACCAGUUUAUGCUUGCUGGUAAGCCUCUUUAUGUUGCUCUUGCUCAAAGAAAGGACGUUCGUCGUUCGCAAUUGCAACAACAAAUCCACGCCAAGAACCAAUUGCGUUUGCAACAACAAGCCGCUGUUGCUGGCGGUCUUCCUGGCCAAUACAUUCCCAACCCCAUGUUCUACGGACCCGGUGCUCAACAACCCGGUGGAUUCAUUCCCCCUGUUCCUCGUGGCGUUUUCCCUGGCAACACUCCACCACACUUGUUGGUCGGUCCUCGUGGUGCUAACGGCCAGGUCAUUCCUCCUCCUCAAGGGCAAUGGGCUGGUGCUGCCGGUGCCCGUGCCGGUCCUAAUGGACAACCCAUUGUGCCUGGUUACGGCAUUCCUCCUAUUUAUAAUGGCGGUUACCCCGGCGGUCCUCAAUCUCAGCCUGUUCCUGCUGGAAGACCCUACUAUGCCGGUGGUCGUGGCCCCAGAAACAACAACCGUGGCGGUCCCGUUCCUCCUCAAGGAAUCCCCCCACAAGGAAUCCCUCCUCAAGGAAUCCCUACCAAGGACGGUGAGGCUCCUUCUCUUGCUGCUGUUGUGGCAUCUGCUCCUGAAGCUGCUCAAAAGCAAAUCAUUGGUGAGGCUCUGUACCCCAAGAUCAUUGCUCAAGAAGGUAUCCAAGACCAAGAGCUUGCCGGUAAGAUCACUGGUAUGCUCUUAGAUAUGGACAACUCGGAGCUCAUUGCCCUUGCUGAGGACGAUGCUGCUCUUAAGUCGCGUGUCGAGGAGGCUCUUUCUGCCUACAAGAAGUACCUCGAGUCGCAAAAGGAGGGUGCUGCUGCUGCCGAAGAGGCUCCUGCUGCCGCCGCCCCUGCUGCCGAGGAGGCCUCUGCUUAG